GCGUUGCUACUACGUCUGCCACUCCCACCGCUGAGUUUUCGUCAGUUUAUAUAUAACCAGGCCCCCGUGACUCCUGUCGCAGCGCUGCCUUGGCGUAUCGUGAAGAUAUCUGAUCGAUUCAGAUCAUUAUUUCUUGUGCUUUGUCUAUCUCGACUCGUUGCAAGGUGCAAAAAUGAGAGAAAUCGUGCACAUUCAAGCCGGACAGUGUGGCAACCAGAUUGGAGCCAAGUUCUGGGAAGUAAUAUCAGAUGAACAUGGCAUUGACCCAACAGGAAAUUACAUUGGGGACUCUGACCUUCAGCUUGAAAGGAUAAAUGUAUACUAUAAUGAAGCACAAGGAGGCAAGUAUGUGCCUAGAGCGAUCCUUGUUGACCUGGAACCAGGAACCAUGGACUCUGUGCGUUCUGGACCCUUCGGAUCUCUUUUCCGGCCAGACAACUUUGUAUUUGGUCAAAGUGGAGCGGGAAACAACUGGGCCAAAGGUCACUACACUGAAGGUGCAGAGUUAGUCGAUGCUGUGCUGGAUGUGAUCCGGAAGGAGGCAGAGGGCUGUGACUGUCUGCAAGGGUUCCAGAUGACGCACUCUCUCGGUGGAGGAACGGGCUCCGGCAUGGGAACUCUCCUUAUCUCCAAGAUCAGAGAGGAGUAUCCCGACAGAAUCAUGAACACAUUCUCUGUUGUCCCCUCACCAAAGGUAUCCGACACGGUUGUGGAGCCGUACAAUGCUACCCUGUCCGUACACCAGCUCGUCGAAAACACGGACGAGACGUUCUGCAUCGACAAUGAAGCGCUCUACGAUAUCUGCUUCCGCACGCUCAAGCUGACGACGCCCACCUACGGCGACCUCAACCACCUCGUCUCCGUCACCAUGUCCGGCGUCACCACCUGCCUGCGAUUCCCGGGACAGCUGAACGCCGACCUUCGCAAACUCGCCGUCAACAUGGUGCCCUUCCCCCGCCUGCACUUCUUCAUGCCCGGGUUCGCGCCACUGACCAGCCGAGGCAGCCAGCAGUACAGAGCGCUGUCCGUUCCCGAGCUCACCCAGCAGAUGUUCGACGCGAAGAACAUGAUGGCCGCCUGCGAUCCGCGCCACGGCCGCUACCUGACGGUCGCGGCGAUCUUCCGCGGACGCAUGUCGAUGAAGGAGGUCGACGAGCAGAUGCUGAACGUGCAGAACAAGAACAGCAGCUACUUCGUUGAGUGGAUCCCGAACAACGUGAAGACCGCCGUCUGCGAUAUUCCGCCGCGCGGACUCAAGAUGGCCGCCACCUUCAUCGGCAACUCCACCGCCAUCCAGGAGCUAUUCAAGCGCAUCUCUGAGCAGUUCACCGCCAUGUUCCGCCGCAAGGCUUUCCUCCACUGGUACACCGGCGAGGGCAUGGAUGAGAUGGAGUUCACCGAGGCAGAGUCUAACAUGAACGACCUCGUGUCUGAAUAUCAGCAGUAUCAGGACGCGUCGGCCGAGGAUGAAGAAGGAGAGUUUGAAGAAGACGAGGAUAGAGUGUCGGAACCGGAGGCAGAAUAGUAGGAAUGCUGUUGUGCUAAACAUACUUCAUAGCUGCAGCUCCCUUGCAAAAACUCCCUAUUUUAAUAUUGCACGAAGAAACUAGUUGGUUCAUUAUUAUAUAAGGGAUAAGAGUUGUAGCCUUCUACUGCCGAUAGUGUGUGGGGAAACAGCAGACUAUACUGUAUGUAAAUCGAUACCAGGGAUAAAUUAAUGUUUACUUAAAGCACUUGUGCAUUGCUGAAAUGUUUUACGAUACCGUUGUAUUGAUGAGAUAGUCAUGGCUUUAAGAUGGUCGUGUCUUCUUUCUACAGUUUUGUGUCUGUAGCUCACGCCUCAAGAAAUGUAUGUAGACAAAACUGCACUCUCUAGUAGCAGCAUUAUGGUGCCUAAAUGCUACUUAAGCAAUGACAGUGUUCUUGUAUUCUGUCAGAGAUUAUUAUUAAUGUUUCGUUUUUGUGAAAUUUCUGUGAUAUCACAUUAGAAACCCAUCUUUGUUUUAUGCUCCUAUCAUGGGUUUAGUAAAAAAACAAGAAAAACCGCAUAAGCAAAGCUGUAAUGCCAAUUGUAUAAUUUAUAUAUAAUGCCAGGGUUGUCACUGAUAAACAAAAUUCUCUUUUUGUCAUUCAAGUAAAAAUAUAAUUGAUUGGAAAAUAAAAAGACAGACUACAAGUUAAUGA